AUGGCCACUGUGAGUCUGUACGAUCGCACGCCGCCCUCGCGCGGGGGCCUGAGCCGCUUCGCCCGCAGCCACGCCGGGGCCGCGACGGCGGCGGGGACCCUCGAGAUCGCCUUUUUCCACCCCUUCGACACCCUGACGAAGCGGCUGAUGGCGAACCCGACGACGAUCGUCUCCUCUCACCCCAGAGAGACCUUGGGGAACUUGAACCGGGUGAUUUUCGGCCCCCACGCCGCCGCGGGCCCGCUGACGAAGCUCGCCCACCUCUACCCCGGCUCACUCUACGCCGUCUUCUACAAGGUCCUUCAGCGGGUCUACAAGUUUGCGGGGCAGCCGGUGGUGCGGGAUCGCGUUGUGGUGCCCCUGCGCGGGGACCUCACGCGCGGCUUCGGGGGGGCCGCCGCGGUGAUGGAGGACGCCGUGGCCGGCAGCCUCAUCGGCGUCGGCGAGGUCGCCCUCCUCCCGCUGGACCGGCUCAAGGUCCUCAGCCAAACCAACCCCGGGGCCUUCACGCGCGGGCUCGCCGCCCUCCUCCGCGCCGAGGGCCUGCGGGGGAUGUACGCCGGGGCCGCCAUCACCGCCGGGCGGAACGCCCCGGGCUCCUUUUGCCUCUUCGGCGGCGCCGCCUUCACCAAACAGCAGAUUUUCGGCCUGACGGACCCCCGCGCGGCGACGGUCGCGCAGAAUCUCGCGGCCUCCACCGUCGGCGCCGCCCUUUCGGUCGCCCUGACGAGCCCGAUGGACGUCGUGAAGACGCGCGUGCAGCGCCAGACCGCCGAGGUCCGCCGCACCACCUUCGCGACCACCCGCGCGAUGCUCAAGGAGGAGGGCGUGGGGUCUUUUUUUAAGGGCCUCACGCCAAAACUCCUGGCCUCGUCGCCAAAGCUCAUCUUCGCCUACACCAUGACGGAGUUCUUCUACACCGCGAUGAAUAAAAAGACAGAGCCGAUCAAGCGCAACCGCUGA